CAGCCUGCGCUUGCUGGGCACGGCGGCUCCUCCUCCUCUCUCUCUUCGCUAUCCGUUACAUCCCCGCCCCGCUCGCCCAGGCAGAGCCAGCGCAAGAGGCGCAGGAACUGGGGAUGCUUUUGCAGAGCGGGCGCCGUCCAGGUUUGCAAAGGCGAGCAGAAGCAGAACCGUUAGCCUCCGCCCCUUGCGUCUCCAUCUCUUCAAUCUCCUGCUUUUUUGCAGAGCUUCCUGACUGAACCAUCAGCCUGGUGCGACGCCCAAGAGCGGGUGAGGAGCGCCCAGGAAGCCGAGAGAGAGCUAAAAGGUGGUUGUAGUAGCCACCGGGUAGGGACCGGGUUGCCAGGCGCCAGGGCGAGCGGGAUGUGGCAGGGUUGGCCGGCUGGUUUGGGUGGCUGGUGGGCGACGGAGCCCAGCCUGGCGCGAAGCAUGGAGCCCGGCUCAGAAUGAAGGCGGCGGCGGCCGGGCUGCCCGUCGAGGCGAGGAAGGGGCGAGUCAGAAGAGGAGGAAGGAGGUGGAGGCGCCCCCCGACGACGCGAUGUCGGUGCCUUUGCUGAAGAUCGGCGUGGUCCUCAGCACCAUGGCCAUGAUUACCAACUGGAUGUCCCAGACCUUGCCGUCCCUGGUAGGGCUCAACACCACCAAGCUGACUGCAGCCUCCGGGGGCACCUUGGACAGGAGCACUGGGGUGUUGCCUACCAACCCAGAAGAAAGUUGGCAGGUCUACAGUUCUGCUCAGGACAGCGAAGGGCGGUGUAUAUGCACAGUGGUGGCCCCCCAACAGACAAUGUGCUCGCGCGACGCCAGGACGAAGCAACUGCGGCAGCUAUUAGAAAAGGUACAAAACAUGUCCCAGUCAAUAGAAGUGUUGGACAGGCGGACCCAGCGGGAUCUACAGUACGUUGAGAAGAUGGAGAACCAGAUGAGAGGCCUGGAGUCGAAGUUCAAGCAAGUGGAAGAGAGUCACAAGCAGCACCUGGCCAGACAGUUCAAGGCGAUUAAAGCGAAAAUGGAGGAGCUUAGGCCCCUGAUCCCUGUGUUGGAGGAGUACAAGGCCGAUGCCAAAUUGGUUUUGCAGUUUAAAGAGGAGGUCCAGAAUCUGACGUCAGUUCUUAACGAGCUCCAGGAGGAGAUUGGCGCCUAUGACUACGAAGAGCUUCAGAACAGAGUGUCAAAUCUUGAGGAGAGACUCCGGGCUUGCAUGCAAAAAUUAGCCUGUGGGAAACUGACAGCAAUAAGUGACCCAAUCACAGUCAAGACAUCUGGAUCCAGGUUUGGCUCAUGGAUGACAGACCCACUAGCUCCAGAGGGUGAGAGCAAGGUCUGGUAUAUGGACAGCUAUCACAACAAUCGCUUUGUCCGGGAGUACAAAUCCAUGUCCGAUUUCAUUAACACAGACAACUUCACCUCCCACCGCCUCCCUCACCCAUGGUCUGGGACAGGACAAGUGGUCUAUAACGGCUCCAUCUUUUUCAACAAAUACCAAAGCCACAUCAUAAUCAAAUUUGACUUGAAAACGGAGACCAUCCUUAAGACUCGUAGCCUGGACUAUGCCGGCUAUAACAAUGUCUACCACUAUGCCUGGGGUGGCCACUCGGACAUUGACCUCAUGGUGGAUGAGAAUGGCCUGUGGGCCGUCUAUGCCACCAACCAGAAUGCGGGGAACAUUGUCAUCAGCAAGCUGGACCCCAACACUUUGCAGAGCAUCCAGACUUGGAACACCAGUUACCCCAAACGCAGCGCUGGAGAAGGGUUCAUAAUUUGUGGCACAUUAUAUGUCACCAAUGGUUACUCGGGGGGUACGAAAGUGACCUACGCCUAUCAGACCAACACCUCCACUUACGAAUACAUCGAUAUCCCCUUCCUAAACAAAUACUCCCACAUUUCCAUGUUGGACUACAACCCCAAGGACAGAGCCCUCUAUGCGUGGAACAACGGUCAUCAAAUCCUUUACAACGUCACCCUCUUCCACGUGGUUCGAUCAGACGAAUUGUAGUCCACUUUUUUUCGUCGGGAAAGGAACUGAACCAUUUAACAA